UUUUUCAGUGAUAACUGGGAAUAAUCUAGAUGUUUCUAGUAAUAAAUGGACUAUGGCAUAGAACUUGUUCGAAAAACUAUGCUAGUGGCCACACGCCUUUAUCUCAAUUCCCAAGUGAACCGGAAACAUCAGCAACUUACAUAGAAAAUUACCCUCAGAGGCUCAAUACCGCGAAAAUUCGGACAAAAAAAAAUCGUGUUUAUAGAAUAUUUACGUAAUCUCCAUUAUUGUCUGCUAUUAGACUUGUUUGAAGACUUAGCUUAAGUUGAUAAAAUUAAGUCCCAAAAAACGUUAGCAGGAUACAAUUAAUCAUUAUACGGAAGAUACAUGAUCAACAAGAUAUAACUAUAGCUAUAGCUGCUAAUUAUCGUUUGAGUUGCAGUUUCUAUCAAAUUUCGGAUUAUUUUUAUCAUAUUCACGGUUGAUUUUCUCAACAAAAAUCAGUCUGCUCUAUGAACACGCGGUGUGCUCAAUUUGGAAGUCUACUUUUUUUCUCCAUUACAACCGUUUCUCACAGUUUCUCAAACGAAGCUUACAAAAUUCACCACUAGAAGUCGUAACUGCGGCAACUAAGUAAGCGGUACACGUUUUCAUGUAAGUUACAUGAUGUAACCCAUCACUCCACUUAUAAAAAGCUUAUUUAAUUUGUCGAUACUAUAAGUAACAAAUCAUCAAUAUUAUCAAAUUAAGUGUUAAAACAGUGAUUAAAAGACGUUGAAAAGAGCAAAAUUUCUUGUCAGAAAGUUGUUAAUUAAUAGCAACCAAAGCCUAUCUUCGACGAUGCUGGCCAUGCUUUCAAGCCCGCCCAGCAUGGUCACUUCGUGCUUCUGAUAGUAAGUAAGUCAAGAGUACUGUAUUAAUUUAGAAAAAUAAACUCGGAUUUUUAUUUUAAACAUUAAAGCACUUGACUUGAGUCUAGCGUAUUGUACGUUUUAAUUCAACUGCUUGGUACUAAUUAGUGGUUUUAACAUUUAAUUAUAUUAUUACUUUUAUUAUUAUUACUGUUACUAAUGAAUUAAUAAUAAUAAUAAUAAUAUCGCUAUUAUUGUCAUUAUUUCAUUUUUUUUUUGUUUUUAAAAAUCAACAAGUAAAAAAAAAUAAUCAUUAUCAAGUUUCGACCUCGUGUUUUUAUCUUCCAACGAAGUUCAACAUGGCGACAACUCUAGCGAGUAGCACACAGGGCUGUAAUGAGGUGCCUGGGUGCCCAAGUGUUUCAUAUGCUAGUGUUUUAAAUCCAAAACACACUACCGAGUCACAACGUGCAACAAUCAAAGAAAAUAACAAAGAAAACAUUGACCAAAAAUGCUCUUCACAAUCAUUAUUAAAUCAUCCGAAAGAGCGUAUCAGAAUUCACUCACAAAAUUCAUCAGUUACGAAAAUAAAAUCACGUUCAAAAAGUUUUAAACGGCUCGGUAAUACAUCUGGAACAAAAAGUGAUAAAAAAUCUCAACAGCAAAUUCCUGAAAUGAAUGAAAAGAUUGAUAAUGGAAGUAAUAAGGAUGUUGAAAGCCGUGUAACAGAAGAAGAUAAACAAUUUAACAAUGUCAUUAGAGAUGGUGAGUUUAAAACUGUUGCACCGAAGUCAGCGCGGAGAAAAGAAAAGUUGGCAGAAAAAUAUGACAAAGAUCGGCAUUCUCGUCGAGAAAGACAUAGAGAUAGACAUCAUGAGAAACUUCAAAGUGACAGUAGUAGAAGCAAAGAAAGACCUCAUAAAGAUCGUCACUUAGGCGAGCAUUCUCUAAGCAGUAAAGAAGAGAAAUGUGUUCAAGAUGAGGAUAAUCAAGAAGGAAUAUCAGUUAAAUAUAUUGAAGCACCCUUGCCUGUUGUAAAUCCAUGGAUGAAGAGUAAGUCUAGCCAAACGAAAAUUCAUCAGCCAACUGUUCCACAAAUUUCUGUAAAUCCAGCAACUGAUCUAACCUAUAAUUCUUUACCAACGUAUCCUACAUCAAGACGCGCUGAAAAGAAAAAAGUUUUACAUCCUCAACUACAUCCAGGAAAAGUUGAGUAUAAUUUUAUCAAGAGUGUACCGUCAAUAGUCAAAGCCCCCAAGGACAGAAGAAAAUUCAACCAUAAGUCAAAAGUUUCUGUACCAACGGCUGGUGGUGUUGGGGAGAGGAAAGAAGACACUGUCAGCAUUACAGAAAAAGAUCAAAAUCACAAUCUUGAAGAUAGUGAUGGCAAUCAUAAUCCAGACAAUGACGCCAACGACAAGAAAAAAAAAUUGAAUAAACAGAAAUGGGUACCAUUGGAAAUUGACAUCACUAAAAGUCGAAGUCGAAGAGAUCGAUCACCAAAGCACUUAAGUCAGAGGGAAAAAAACCGAGACGAUGACGUAGGGAAAGAAAGAGAGCAAGAUAGGUUUCUUUAUGGCUUUAAAAAUGGACGUGGUGGUAGAAACUUCAGAAGUCGAGGCAAAGGCCGUAUUACUUCCCGAACAGAAGGAUUCAGACCACGACAAGAAAUCGACUACUCAGAGCAUUCAGCUGAUUUUACACAGAUGAAGCAGUUUAAUCAGGUAGAUUCGUCUUACAUGAUGCCAUACAUGGGAACUCUCUACUUCAACAACACAAAUUAUGUGAAUUUAGACUCUACAACAUUAAAAGACUAUAUUCGAAAGCAAAUCGAAUAUUAUUUUAGUGAAGAAAAUCUAAUGCGAGAUUUUUUCAUGCGUCGUAAAAUGGAUAAGGAAGGCUUCCUGCCAAUCACUUUGAUCGCUUCGUUUCAUCGAGUUCAAGCUCUUACCACAGAUGUUUCGCUUGUUAUCAACUCCAUAAUCGAAUCUGAUGAGCUUGAAAUGGUUGAUUCUUUCAAAGUUCGAACAGUUAAUGAUCCGUUGAAAUGGCUCAUCACUGAUGAAACUACAAAUCAAACAUUUUCUGACUCUUCAGAAUCCACUCAUGGUAUUGUUACUCCAUCAGAUACAGUAACUAAUCCAGAAAAAUCUGAGUUUUUACCCGCAGCAAGACCUUUAAUAAUGAUCCCAACACCACGAUUGCCUCGUCUACUUAAGUCUAUUGUGUCGCCUUCGAAAGUCAGCAAAUACGAGACUAGUAUUUUGCCUAUUGCGUCUGAGACUUUGAAUCCUGAAGUUCCUGAAUUUAUUCCGGUUUUGGCUACUCAAAAUAUCGCAUUAACGUCUUGUAGUAACGAAAAUAAACUCAGUGACAGUAAUGUUUUAAAAGAAAUAUCAAACAAAAAUAAUCUAUUAGUAAAAUGUGAUGAAUCGAAAUCUUCAUAUGAGGCUCUUUUCAAUGGAAGGGUUGAUACAAUAACUAAUGAUGUUUGGAAAGAAGUUAAAAAAAGAGUGAAACCACCAUCAAAGGGUAAGCCUGAAAAUAAAGAAAAAAAAGAAGAACGAGAAGAACUGGAUUUUCAAUUUGAUGAGGAACUUGAUACGCCUCCGCCCACUGGACGACACAAUGCCUUUUCAGAGUUAUCUGAAGAUGAAGAUGAUUGUGAGCUCUCUGAUCGUGAUAUUAGCAAACUGCUGAUUGUAACACAAAGUGCCAAUCUGUCCACCCGCCUUCCUAAACAUGAAGGCCAUGAUCGUACAGGUGGUUGGACAACUCGAGUUAAAAUGUCUCAAGAUUUAGAGCAAGCCAUCAACGAAGGUUUGGUCUACUAUGAAGAAGGUUUGUGGGGUGAUGAUAGUCGUUAUGGCUCAUCGUCAUCAAUUGGAAGCUACAAGACUGUUAAUGUAAUCAGUCAAGCAGCUUUUGAAAAAAUGGCGCCCAAACAACCGAAAAAAUCGAAUCCAGAAGUUCCACCACCUCCACCUGCUUCAGAUGAUGUGUCAAAUCUUUCUUAUUUAGAUGAAAAACGAGACAAAAAGUCUCGGAGUAAACGUCGUAGUAGACAAGGGCAAAUUUCGCGUUUCUUUGCUGUCUAUAAAGAUGAACCAGCUGUUGAUCCAAUGACUCCACGAAAACGCAAAACUCGUCAUAGUAAUAAUCCACCGAUUGAACAUCAUGUUGGAUGGAUUAUGGAUGUCAGAGAACAUAGGCAGCGUACUUAUUCUACGGGAAGUAGUACAGGAACGAGUCCUAACGAAGGGUAUCUUGCAAAUAGUUAUGGAAGUCAACCAUCUUCAUUACCUACCUUUCAGCAUCCAAGCCAUUCUCUCUUGAAAGAAAAUGGUUUUACACAGCAAGUAUACUACAAAUAUCAUUGGAGAUGUUUAAAAGAUCGAAGCCAAUUGGGUAUUGGACAGUCACAAGAAAUGAAUACACUUUUCCGUUUCUGGUCUUUUUUCUUAAGGGAAAACUUUAAUCGCAAUAUGUAUGAAGAAUUCAAAAGUCUUGCUAAAGAAGACGCUGUUGCUGGAUAUCGUUAUGGUCUUGAAUGUCUUUUCCGUUACUACAGUUAUGGCCUUGAAAAAAAAUUCAGACCACAAGUUUACAAAGACUUUGAAUCGGAGACGAUAAUCGAUUACGAGAAUGGUCAACUUUACGGGUUGGAAAAAUUUUGGGCGUUUAUGCGGUAUUAUAAACAUGCGGAUAAGUUGCAUGUUGAACCAGUACUUGAAGAAUACUUAUCUAAAUUUAGAAGUAUUGAAGAUUUUCGAGUUGUUGAGCCUCUUAAUGAAACUCGCCAGGAGUCAAGCAGCAAACUGCUCUCAUUAGCUGACAAGCGACGAAAUCGAAGUGUUUCAGAAAGUGAGCGUGAUAUAGGAUUAAUAUUGAGUCGAGUUAGAAGACUCUCAGGUGGUUCCAGCACAGUGACGUCAUCUGCUUUAACCUCAAAUCUUCAUAAACAACUAUCCUCGACUUCAAUUAACUUAGCACAAUGUCGCAAUCGGUCUGAUUCUUUUGGUUCAGGGCGUACUGCUCAUACCAACUCAAGACGUCGUAAUGAUUCAAACUCAUCUGUCGGUCGUGAUCACGUGAAACAGCAGCCAAGAUCUCGCCAUAAUUCUGGCUCAUUUACUAAGUUACAAGCGGUAUCUAAAUAAAAAAAACGAAAACUGUAAACUUAUUUUUUGCAACGAAUGCUAAAUAAUACGACUUCACUAUUGAAAUUUUCAAGCACUUUUAUACUUCAAAUUAAGUGACAGUUCAAUUGAUAAAAUCUAUAUAGGUUAUGAGAAAAUAAUUUAGUGUUGAAAAUUUUCUUUUUCUGCGAUUUUAAAGCAAGAACUGAGAAUUAAAGUCAUUAAUUACCUGGCGAGAAAUUAAACAUCUUUCAUUAUUUUUUUUCAAGUCUUCCAGUUCACAACUUUCUAAUAUUAAUAGUUCGGCAUAUAAGAAUUCGCCGGGUAGAAGAAAUAAUGUUGAUUUUGAAUGACGAUGUGUAUAAUUAAAAAUUCCAAAAACUUUUUUUUUGUUUAGCUCAUUGAAUGCUUAUUACCAGAAAAAUUAACUACUGCUUGGCAACGCAUAAGUAUAUAUAUAUAUCAUGAUUUUUCAAAUUCCAAAACAAGUUAACUUUUUUUUAGUUCUUUAAAAUUUAUUCUUAAAUAUAAUGUUUGAUUAUCGUAAGCAAAACAAAAUAAUUGUAAGUGAACCCCUGAAGCGUGGCUUAUCUGAUAUUUUUUUUUUUCUUUUUUAUACGUUGAACAUGCCCGUAUGUUUAGGUGCUUACAUUCAUAAAAACAAAUAACCCUUAAACAUAAAGAAUGUCAGUGCUGAGAAAUUAAAUAACAUAGAACAAAACUAUCGCUAACUUCACAUUCUUGCUUUUGUUAAAGUUCGUCUGACAAAUCUAUGUGAAUAAUAAAUAAAGUUUCUUUACAUAUUUAGGA